CUGGUACUCCGCACACGGCUUUCCUACAAUGACCGCUAAUUAAUUUACGAGGCAAAUAACGGUAACCAGCUAACGCCCGAACUGUCCCCCAAAAAUCUGAUGUGACGCGACCGCAGGCCCUGAUUGAUUGCGAUGACUUGUCUGUGAUUUAGACAGCUCAUCAACAAAGCUGCAAAUCGUGGUUGGACCAACUCAUCAAGACCAUGAGCAGAGCCAUGGAUCCCAACAAGGACCUUCCACUCAUGGCAAACAGCGACGUCAUCCGGGUCCGUCGGUACAUCCUGGACCUAGCAGUCCACUUCGACAUGCACACCUUCUCUGGCAGCGUCACGCUCUUCCUGGAGCAGCCACAAGACAGGAGAGACGGGGGCAGUAACCCCGGUCGACGCAACGGCCGUCGGGACAGCAAAGGCACCUACUCCACGGACUCCAAGGGCAACUUUGUGCUGAUCCUGGACAGCUGUGACAUCACGGUGGAGUCAGCCCACGAGAUCAUCACCAGCAAAUCUCCAAGGAAGGACUCCUCGUCUUCGUCACAGGGUGUCCCCCGUAAGGACAGACGUCUGCCCUCCACCUCCGGAAGCAAAUUGGAAUCAACUCAGAAUUCCUCGAGGGUCAGUCCCGAGAACGGAGACUUUCAGGAGGAGGGUUCGUCGAGUCGAGUCGGCCAGGCCCUGCAGUUCAGCGUGGAACCGUGGUGCCUCAAAGUCUGGAAGGACGGAGUGAGAAGUCCGGAAGAUUUCCCUGCGGCUGUUCUAAUCAAAUACAGCACCAAGUCCAAAGGGAGAUCUCUGAUGUGGGUAUACGACCAGGCCGGCAACGAGUGUGUCUUCACACCAGGUGCCUGGAUCAACAACCGUUCCCUGUUCCCGUGUCAGGAGCCCCCCGGAGCCUUAGCUACGUGGCAGGCUAAGAUCAGAACGCCGAAGGAGUUUGUCGUCCUGAUGAGUGGGGAUGACGAAGCAAUCACAACGCCUGAGCAAAAUGGUUUUGUGUCGCAUCGAUAUCAAAGCACCUCAAUGCCCAUGCCCUGUUCUGUCUUAGCGUUAGCCAUUGGUCAGUGGAAAUCAGUCAACAUUCCCCCAUUGCAAGGCCAGCCUCCAACCAACACGGGAGAUAGCUCUCCAUCCACACUGCCAGCACGUCUUUUCGCCCCUGCCUCCAUCCUUCAUUUCGUGGAGGCGGAGUUUGCACAACUCCUCCCCAGAUACCUAGCCGCCAGCCAUGAGGUCUUGGGUGCACAUCCCUUCCGUCGACUGGACGUCCUGGUCAUGCCCAAGUGCUUUGCCAGCCUCGGCCUUGCAAGUCCCAGCCUUGUAUUUGUAUCGCAAACCUUACUGCCCGGCGACCGUAGCUUCUGUCCCCGACUUGCCCACGAGAUCACCCACGCCUGGUUUGGUCUGCUGAUUGGAGCAGAAGACUGGACGGAAGAGUGGCUUAGCGAGGGAUUUGCAACCUUCCUGGAGGAUCCCAUACACGGCUUAGCAGAGAAGCUCUCAGAGAAACAGUUUAAGGACUGGUCCAACCUGAAGGCACUGAUCCGCUUCAAGGUCCUCCAGCAGGAGUUGAGGAACACGUCGGCCGACUUGCAGAUCAUGAGACCCAUGGCUGGCGACAACGCACUGAAUCAUGCUGGAGCGGGGAGCAAUAAACCGGCCUACGUCAAGAAUGGAUUGAAUCAGGACAAAUGGUUCCAACAGGUGCAUUACCUGAAGGGGUACUUCUUUCUUCAGCAUCUUUCACUCAAAGUUGGCUCGUCACAGUUACUGCGAUUCAUCAGAUCAUACGUCAACAAGUUCCGAGGUCAGCUAGUGCUAACGCAACAGUUCAUCAAUAUGCUGUUUGAGACGUUUCCACAACUCCAGGAUAAUGGUUUAAGCCCAGAGGUAGUGAGUUCCGAGUGGUUGGACUGUGCCGGUAUGCCAUCAGCUUUGAGAGCCGAGACUUUCAGUUGGGAUAACAGCCUGGUAAAACAGGUGGAGUCGGAGUGCAAUAGGUGGCUGGCUUUAGACAAGGCCAACCGGCACGGCGGCAAGCCACAGAAGCGUAAACACACGGGGGCGCUCUUGGCCAAACUGACGGACCCCACCAACAAGAGCUGGGCCAAGCUCAGCCCCGACCAGCUGGUCCUCCUGCUGGAGAUACUCAUCGAGAGCGGUCACCGACUGACCGCUAAGACCAUGCAGCAACUCAAGGAGACCUACGGACUGGUCAAGCAGAACGCCGAUGUCCGACACCGCUGGUGUGAGAUGGUCAUCAGGAAUCGCUUCAUGGAUGGCUACGGGGAUAUCAGGAUAUUUCUGCUAGAAGAACAGUCGAUGGGCGUGUACCUGUACGGUGAGCUGAUUGCAACGCGGGACCCCGUCCAGAGACUUGUAGCCGAGGCUUGCCUGCAGGCCGUGGAGAGCGAGAUGGAUCCGGGAUGCCUGCUCAAGGUGCAGAAGAUGCUCUUUGGCGAAACGUAAGACUCCUUACAAAUAUCACUUCGACCGUGUUUUCUUUACAAGUAGAGGGCGCUGUUCGAAAAUUAAGGCUCGUCACAAGCAUCAAUUUCGCUGUUUGUUUAUCCAUUACCAGUCCGUUGCCAUUUGGAGAUCCCGCAUUUCCGUUGCCCAUUCAAAAGCGCUGGUGAUGGCAAGUGACAAGUAUCUAUUUUGACUGUAUUUUGUUCACUAAUAGAGGGCGCUGUUCUGUUGCCAUUUUGAAGGUCACUCCGACCCGCCACCCAUCACAUGGCGCUGGCUGAUUGCUUAUUUCUUUCACAAUUUUAUUUUGAAAAAAAAAAUGCACAGUAGCUGACUACCAUGACUAAGACACUUAAGAUAUGAACACACACUGUGCACAUGCGUGUUAAACAGAGUUGAAUGUUGGUCACUCAUCAGUCAAACAUAAUCUUUUAUACAAUGUCUGAAAAAAAAUCCCCGUCAUCUGAUUGGUUCCUCCCAACCCACGGUGGGGCCGCACCACAAAAAUAGAAGUUCCAGUCCCCAGUAAGUCGAAGUUUAAUUGCAUGGUCACACUAUUACCAAUCAGAUGACGAGGAUUUAUUCAGGCGUUGUACAAAAAAAGUAAUAAAUGUUUUCACAUUCGUGCAAUGGAAAGAUUAAUUUUAUUCGGUGACAGAUGGAAUGUUCCAUUCCAUGACAAGAAGCAGAGUGGAAUGGAACAUUCCAUCUGUCACCUCAUGAAAUUAUUCUUGCCGUUGCACUUAUAAACAUUCAUUAUUUGUAUACAGUUUCAAUGAAAUUAGAGGUCUGUAGCGCAAAUAUAUAGUUUAGGUGGUUACGAGCGAAAGUAGUAGUAAACACAGUACAGAAAUAUGCACUUGUAAGACCUGGAAGUACAUCUCAGUUGAAAUAAGUUUUAAACUAUUUUUUUAUUUGCACAAAUAGCCAAAUAAAGUAUGAGUUGAUUGUCUACUCCAAAAUGACAUUGAACGGUACUGUCAACUGCAGAAGCUAAUGGAUAAAAACACGGCUGGUUUUUCGAGCAGUUAAAUCAAAGUUGCUGACCACUAUGUUGCUAUUAAGCAAAGAAUAAGGUAACCGGCCAAAAGCGCCAUACAUUGUGUUGCAGCUUCUGGCCGGUUCCCUGAAAUUUGCAUAACCGGACAACUUGAAAUGUGAUGCAUUCAGCUUAGCGGUUCUGUGCAGUUGGGACCAGUCAAAAAUCACUUGAUGUAUGUUGCUUAAACCGGUUCACGGCGUUGUUUUGCUAAGUCCCAAAACAAUUGAUCAAGCAAAUGACAAGUUGGGAGAAAAUCGCUCUACAUGUUGCCAGCUAGUAAGCAUGAUCUUCAAUAGAUUCGUUGUACAUUCUCUGCUUUUAACUUGAAAUAAAUAGUUGAUCGUUUGUUCAGUAUCUGCUUUAUUUUUUUUUAAGUUUUAAAAACUCAGUAAUUUGUGAAAUCUGUCUGAAAACACAUCUCAGCCUCCACAUAUCUUUUAUUUUUUUAAAAUUGACAAAAAUUAUUUGUGCUGAAAGCUUUGUUUGCUGUUGGACUGAUUUGAUCAUUGCUUCAGCACGGUGAAACAGUUGGUUUCUAUUUGGUACAAUUUUCUUUUUAAAUGAAUGCGCUCUUAACCCCAUAGCUCUUGAGCCGCCCCAAACUGCCCCGCCUGUUACUCCUCAUACCGCCCCAGCCCGCCCCAACACUCUAUGGUUUUGAUUCACGGAGGAGUAAAUACAAUGUAAUACAAAUUAUUACAAUUGCUAAAGGGUUAUUUUUUAAUUUUUUUUUUAAUAGGAAAAGCUGAAUGUCUAUUUGAAAUUUUAAAAAUGAAACAGGAAAUUUUAACAAACUCAAAUACAAAUUUUGAUUUUUCAUAUUCUCAAAAUUUACUUGAAGUCGACUGUCAGUAACUGAAAAAAAAUACUGGAAAGAUUCAGUUUGCUUUUAGUAAUUAUUUGCAUGGCUUGAAGAUAAUUAUUGAUGAGGUUAAUCCAAAUAUGAUUAGGUUACAAAAGAUUGCAAGAAAGGGAAGCGUUCCAUUUCAGGUGUUCUAAUUUUAGGAAAACAGUUGCCAGCUAGCGUAAAAGAAGUUAUUUUUUAAUGAAAGGCUUUCAAUAUUUAUAAGAAUUUAUUUUUUAAAUGAGACUGUCUCUCCACUAUUAAAGGACGGACGAUUUUGAAACAAAUAUUUAGAGGACGGAUAUCAGCAAUUAUUUCAAAAAGAAAAAGACAAUGUUUCAAAAAUACAAAGCAGCUAAGAUAAACAAUAAAUUUUACCGUAGUUGACAACUUCAUAGAGUUUUUAAAAUACUUUUUAAUUGAUAUUUUAGACUUUGAUGUAAACAUUUAUUUUUCUUUAUUUAUUCCUUUUUAGAUUCAGGGUUCGAGAAAGAGCCCAAUUUUUGUUAUUAUUUCAACUGCGUGUUUAGCGAUCAUAAACGAGUAUGCAUUAUUAUUUUAGGUGGAAAAUUGUAAAAUUUUAAUAGCAAGAAUAUUCAUUGAUCAGCAUCUCUGAAGCAGAUUAAUGUGUUGUGUUUCUUAACUCCAGUGAGGCUAAUCGAACCAUUAUUAGGGACUUUAGGGUUUAGCUGCAAAAUCAAUUCAUUUGUGAAUUUCCUAGAACUCCUUCUUUUUCCGUUCUUUUUUAAUUUUUUUUUUUAAAUAAAAGUAGCUUGAUUCUUAAUGUGUAAAUAACUGAAAUAUACAUGUAUGAUCUUUGAAUGAUGUGUAUCGAUGGAGGCACUAUGUAACAGUUUUUAUUUCUACCAAAAUGUAAAAUCUAACUAUUAGUAUAUCUCUCCUACACAAACUUAAAAUACACUGUACAGGUUGCUUUUUAUCCACGUUAUAUUUAGAUAAUAAUGGUCACAAGAAUGUCAGUGUAGUCCUAAAUUAUACACAUUUGGAAACUUUGUCCCUCGACUUUCUACCUUUAGAGUAGCAAUUUCUGGGUAGUUCACACCGAAGGUGAACUAAAGGACUAUUAUUUCUAAUAAUUGGUGAACCCUCCCCCGGUAAAAAACAAGCUGCCUGUUCAUUUUUCAGUCUUGAAUGAGUCCGACAAACAUGGAUAUUUGCCUGAAUAAUCUCCAGUUUGUGAGACAAAAUAAUCAAUCAUUUAACCGUCUUCCUUUGUAAAUAUGUAAAUAUUCAUUGCCCGGAAAACUGUACAUAAAACUCUGAUGAUCUUGAAUUGUAUAAGCUGCGCUCGAAUAAGACAAAAUAAGGUGUUUUUUGUUUUAGUUUUCACAUCGCAACCAAAAUUGCCAAGCAAAUUUUGGAAGCAAAUUCAUAAAUAUUGAUUGUUUCAAAAGUAUUUAUUAAUGAAGAUACGUUGCACUCGCAGUAAAACAGUAAAAUGGUCAGUUUAAUUUGAAAUGGUGUGUCUCGUGGUGUUUGGAAAAAGUUUUCAAAGAUACUUUUUUUUUAGUUGGAAUGUUACCUUGUGCUUAGUGUUUUGCAGUUUAGACCUUGUUGUGUUGGUGAUGUUGAAUUAAUAUUUUUCUUUGUUCAGAGCAAGUAAACAUGCUUAAGUCUAUGCUAAAUAACUGAAACCACAUUUCAGAGUUGGUUGACCGAAUCGAUCCUGCAUGAAACGUCUGUGGGUCUUACACCUAGAUAUGCACUUUUUUUAAACAAACAAAGAAAUUGAAAUAUUUGUGCCAGCGAUUUGUCAUGAAUGACCCGCACCUUCAUUACUUAGCUGAUAUUCUGAUGUCUUUUAAGGGCCAGGGCAUGUUUCAAAAUGCCUCCUACAUUUUGCAAUGGACCUACCCCAUGUUAGAUGUCUUUCUGUGUUACAGUGACGUUGAAAAUACUUGUGGUUUUUCAUUUCUGUAAUCGGAAAAGAAGCACAGAAUAAAAGGUACAUCAGCACCCGUUAAUGUGACAUGCAUGAUUUUUUUUUAAAAGUCAUAGCAUAUUUUACAUGUUGAACUUUGACCUUAGCAUUACAAUUCAGUUUGCUUCACUGUGGACACAAAAAGAGGGCGCUAUUUGGAGUGUAGCACCCUCCUUUUGUGUCUGCCUGAACAUAUCACGAAAAGACUAAUAAUAGACCAGUGUACAACUUUAACUAACGUUGAUCUUUUAUGUUGAGAAUUUCUUGUUGAGCUGUUAAAAUAUAAUUCAUACACUGACUUUUUUUUAAGUUGCUUUCUCCUUGCUGUUUUAGAGUUUUAUCUCAAAAAAUUGAUGUUUUUAAAAAAUUAACAAAAAGGUUGCUUCUCUGUUUAAGAGAUACAAAUUGAAAAUUUGUUAGGAGAACCAAAUCAAAUGUUAAAUAUCACAAGUAGAGGAAUUUUGUGGGAUAUUAGGAAAAAAUGCCGAUCCCAACAAGCAUUAAUUUAAAAUCUUGCAUCUAUGAGAUGAACAGUGCAAAACGUUCUUGACUAGUUUGCAUUUUAAUCCAACUUAUUACUAGUUUAACUUAUGCCAAAAAGUAGUAAUAUAAGCAGUUCUCACAUGCUAGUUAUUGUAGUAGAUGCGCGUUCACCUAGUUCCAAAUAAGUUUUUGAAUCUACUGCAUGUGUUAAAGUAUUUUUCUAUGCUAGUUUAGCAUCCAACAACGUACAGGACAAAUACUUUGCUUUUUAAGAAACUCUCAGUGUUUAUUUUUUAAACCAUUGUAUAUAGUUUACAUAAAAAAAGCUCUUUUGUAAUAAUAUAAUAAUUUAAAGUAUUCAAUUUGCCAAAGGCAUCAAAAUUAAACGAAUGAAUGACGAGAAAGAUGAAUGCAUCCAUUGUACAUUAGCCAGUAAUAUGUAUAACCAGUAUGCGAAUAAAAAAACGUGUGAUGUUAUUAUCCGUAGGUUGAUUUGGAAUCGUAGUCACAGUAUUUAGUCGUAAAAUGAUUGUGCACUUUCAACACUUGUAAAUACUAUCAAAGGCUUAGUAAAUGCAGUUGCGUUGCAUUUUUUUUUUAAUGUUUAUGUUGUCCACACGAGACUUAUUAAAACAGUCAUAUAACUAA